AUGUGGUUGAUAUUGCAGGUCUGGCACUGUGCUUCUGACAGUUUAUCCAGUCACAAGAGAUCCCAGUUUGAGUUGCUGGCUGAGUUGGAACAUGAUGCUGGGGUGAACACUAUCGGUCUGAAUCCAGCAGGGACUCUGCUGGUAUCGGGCUGUAAGGAUGGGACCGUCAGCAUCUGGGACACCAGCAGUUAUGGAACACUUCAGCAAAUCCACUGUCUCGACGGGACCAUCCAUCACAUGGCCUUUAGUCCUGACAGUCGACACAUUCUCAGUGUUGGUGCUGACUCCUGCAUGAAGGUUAUUGAUGUUCAGACGGGAAUGGUGAUCUCAUCUGUGAAAUCUGAGGUGGAGCAAAGGUGUUUCUGCUGGGAUGGGUGCUCAGUGCUGUGUGGGGGGCAGUCUGGUGACCUCCUGCUGUGGGACCUGCUGAGCAACACAGUCACUGCCAAGAUCCCAGCUCACUCAGAUGACAGACAGAUGAUCUUCUGGAAGCUUCAGAGUUAA